AUGGAUUCAACUUAUACACCUCAAUCGCCCGAUUUAUCAGGUUUCUUACCACCUGAUUCCAACCAACAUCAACAACCCUCUCAUCCAUUAAUCACUUCAUCGGGAACAUCACCACCGUCAUCAUGUGCACCUAGAUCACCGGGAAUUCCUCAUUUUGGUAAUGGUACUAUUCCUACACCUAGACCUACAUCAACAUCAACGUCAACAUCAACAACAACAACAUCAAGACCUUCUCAACCAAUACAACAUCCAAAUUAUCAUCCAAGUCACUUAAAUCAAUCAAAUCAAUCAAGUCAUCCAAGAUUCACCACCAGUAAUCCGGGAAAUUUAAUGAAUGAAUUUCCAGAUUAUAAAACAUUUAUUAAUAGCACAAAUCAGUACAUGCCACCAAUUCCCGCAUUACCACCUACACAUUCUUUCCGAAGUCAAGGAACAACUUUAACCACUACUGCGACUACUGGGACAACUCCAACCACGGCUCCACAAUAUUACUACCCCUCUCACUCUCAGAUAAUCACAUCAGAUUUUGUUAAUAAUAACAAUUCACCCAUCGUUACAUCUUCUUCUUCCUCUUCUUCUCAUUUAUUACAACCACAACCACAACCACAACCACUCACACAACCAUGUUCACAAUAUAUCGAUCAAUUUGAAAAUACCGAGGCGACAUUGUCUUCUCAAUCCCCUCACCAUCAUCAUAUCCCAUCCCCAUUCACACUGGGUCACGAUCCCGUAGAGAUAUAUCAAUACAACAAUAAUCCUCACAAUCCUCUCUAUCACGAAUCAUACACAAAUCAACUCGAUAAAACAACGCGACAACCUCGUCAAUCACGCGUCAAAUUUCAACCUAUCACCACAGCCCCCUUCAAUCAAUCUCACACGCCUCAACACCAACCCAAUAUGUCUUUCGCCAUAGCACCCCAACCCCCCGCGGCUCCUCCUUCGAAUAAAAAUCCAAACCCGGAUGGAAUAGAAAUCCGCACGAAGUUUCCCGUCGCCCGCAUAAAACGCAUUAUGCAAGCCGAUGAGGAAGUAGGAAAAGUCGCGCAAGUUACUCCGGUCGCAGUAUCGAAAGCCUUGGAACUUUUCAUGAUAUCGUUAGUACAAGGCGCGGCGAAAGUCGCGAGGGAAAAGGGAGGAAAGAGAGUUACGGCGGGUUGUUUGAAGAGAGUGGUGGAGGAGAAUGAUCAAUUUGAUUUUUUGAGUGAGAUUGUAGGGAGGGUUCAAGAGGUUGUGCCGGCGGCGAAGGAGGAGAAGGAUGGGGAGGGAAAAAAGAGGAAAGCGUCGGCGGCGAAAAAGGAAGAGGGAAGUGAGAGUGAUGUAGAGCCGGAAGUGGAUGCAGGUGAACCAAAGAAAAAAGGUAGAGGAAAGGGAAAGGGAGGAAGGAAGAAGAAGGUUGAGGUUGAAUCUUGA